AUGGCUACCUAUUUCAAUACACAAAGAAGAAGGUCAAGCAUUGCGCUUGAGAGGCAGGUAAGCUGGAACACGCUACUGGCGCAACCAACUAUAGAAGCCCUUCCAGUGGAUCUUCUGGGGAAGAUUUUUCGCAACUUGUCAACCAACGAUCAGAAAAACUUAUCGCUAGUUUCAAAAAGGCUUCACAAGGCUGCCUCUUCAACUCUCGUGAGAUCUAUUACUGUGAUAGUAAAUUCCUGCGCUGAACCAAAAGCAAUCCAUUCCAAUGCGGCUCAAACAACACUCAUCUACACACCUCUCAAUUUUCUCCUUUUUGUGCUGACGACUUUGCAAAACGGGAAAAACCUAGAAGACAUUAGAGAUCUCAAUUUUAUCACAACCAAGGGUCUCAGCACUUACCAUCAAAGUGUGAUUUUUAGAAAGUUUUGGAGCCAGAAAGUGGGCGAUAUCGCCGCCGAUUUCCCUCUGGAGAGCAUUGCAAAACUAUCCAUCUUCAAGGGAGUGAAUUUUGCUUCCUUGACGUUGGAGGAUGCUCUUUUAUUCAUGAUGAAUUAUCUGCCUUCACUGCAUAAGCUGAAUGCUCCAUAUUGCAACCCACAGAAAAUGUUUCCGUUGCUAAAAACCGCCAUUAAGUCUUUGACGUUGACCUCCAGGACAGACUACGACGGAGUGAUUUCGGCGCUACCCUAUUUGAGAUUGGAGGAGUUGACUUUGGUCUUUGAAAACGAUUCUAGCCAAUGCAUUGUCGAUCUUGCCAAUAUAUUGACGCGUACCGAUCUGUGCUCACUGAAAAAACUCACCUUUGAGCUCGCCAGAACGGAUUUCAACGAGCCUGAAGAACUGACAUGGUUGGCAUUCUUCAAUGUCUUGGUCUCUCAAAAGAUCAAAUUGUCCAACCUGACCAGCCUGGUCCUCAGAAAUUGCACUAUUAUGGACCAACAAGAUAUCGCAGUCAAAAUCCUGUCGCAAUCAAUCGACCUUUCAAAGCUUCAACACAUUGACCUUGGAAUCAUGGAGCUCACCCACACAAACCUCUCUCAUGAUAUGACUGUGCUCAACGAAAAAAAUUUAGCUGACAACUUUUUUUUCCAAAAAUUGUUGCCACAUUUGAGAGAUCUCAACUCGCUAGCGAUUCGUCCAACAAAGAAUUGUCUGACCUGCCAGAUUCGCGGGGUUAUUCUAUUUUUGACAUCAUGGAAGGACAAAUUGCUCCAUCUAAACCUUGAGUACAGUUCGCUGGGGGAAAACGAUAUCUUACAAAUAAACAACACCAUCAUCAGCUACCAACGCUCUUUGAAGUAUCUCAAAUAUAGAGACCAAUCUUACCAUUUCAAUAUUAGGAAUUCCAUGGAGCAAUGGUUCACUGAGAACCAAAUCGAUGUGAGGAUGAAUCCUAUCUAUGCAUCAGAACAAUCUCACCAACUUGCCUUUCCCAACACAGUCUUUACCUCUUACGUGACCAAAGACUUCACUGAUAUGGUCACAGAGAACAGCGCGAUGUUCUGUGUUUUUUUUGCGAGAUUUUUCAACGACGGAGCCGUUGGCCAGAAGUUAUAUCUCGAAAUGAUAAUCAGACAAUCGCCUCAGUUGAAGACCAUUGAGCUGUUCGGGUUCAUUCUGCACGUUAAUCAUGCGAAGAGAACAGUUUCGUUAAGGACUGGAAACUCGAGAUCUCAACUGCUGAUGUUUUACACGUGA